AUUGGAUUACUAUCAGGUAUAGGUAAUUAAUCAUGUUCAAGUUGUUAACAGACGAAAGUCUGCUUGCCAACAUGGUUGACAGCCAGAAACCAUGGCACAUUUUCCAUUCGCCCCCACCCAAAGAUAGGUGAGUGUUAGGUGUGCUCGCGCUAGUUACUGAGAUAAUUACUCGACUUACGAAGUACCAUUUGAUCUCUUAUCUCGACCCAACCGCGAAUUCCCGCCCACCCACAGUGGCUCCAUCUUGCAUGUCAUCCUUGCUAUCGCUGCUGCACUCCCCGGAGUUGUACCUUUCACACUACCUACUUGUAUGUACAUUACAGUACUGGCUUCAGUGCCGGGACGCUAAAAACGGUAUUGGCAUGCGCACAAGGCUGGUCCCAGUCGGCAACGUACCAUGUCGCACGAUAGCCAUCCCGUUCCUAUCUCCUCCUUCUUGUGAGGGGCGGCUUUUUGACAAGCGCUAUACCGUGGUAGUGCUAUGGAAAUGGAUGUGAUAAAAGUGACCAUGUUCCCCUCAGACUGGACUUCGGCCAGGUCGUGGGCUCGGAUUCAGACUCUGAGUCUCUGUUGAACCAAUCCUUACCUAGGGUCUCCUUAUAUAUCUGGCCACUGCGUUAUACCUUAUUCCAUCUACAUACGGCCUGAAGCCCAGAGACCAACAGUGUCAUCGUCAACUUCAGCUUUCUGUCUGGGUAAGGUAGCGUCUAACUCUACCUCACCGACGUAACCAUGGCUGCAGUCUCGGACCCACGCGAGCUCUCGAAGCCACCUCAAACAGAAGAGGUAGACAUGGAGAAGGACACAAUAGCCAGCGGCAAGGCUGGCAGCAUAAACGAUGCCGAGAUCAUCCCCAAUGACGCCUCUGGGCUCUUCAACAUAGACAAACAGUCAGAGCGAGCUCUGGUGUGGAAGCUCGACCUGCGGCUGCUCCCGGUACUCUCCAUCAUGUACCUGUUCAACAGUCUCGACAAGUCGAACCUGGGCAACGCCAAGACCAACGGCCUCGAGAAGUCACUCGGACUCGAGGGGAACCAGUACAACAUACUCCUGUCGGUCUUUUUCAUCCCGUACGUGCUCACGGCCCCGUUCUUGGGCAUCGCGGGCAAGAAGUGGGGUCCCAGCCGGGUGCUCCCCAUCAUGAUGUUCUGCUUCGGUACCGCCACGUUGCUCGUUGUCGUCUGCCACAACUUCGGCGGCCUCUUUGCGCUGCGCUGGUUCCUGGGAAUGAGCGAAAGUGCUUUUUUCCCGCUCGUCAUCUACUACCAGACCAUGUUUUACCGCCGUGGAGAACUCGCCCGUCGCCUCGCCAUCUUCUACGCCGCCCAGAGCAUCGCCUCUGCCUUUGGUGGCCUGCUGUCCUUUGGAGUAUUCCAAAUUAAGGGCGGCGCGCUCGAGUCCUGGCGCUAUCUCUUCGUCAUCGAGGGCGCAUGCACCAUCCUCUUCUCCAUCUUCGCCUACUGGUACCUGCCCCGCUCGGCCGGCGAGGCGCGUUUCCUGAACCCGGAUGAGCGGCAGCUUGCCUACCACCGUAUCCAGAUGGACUCUUCUUCGGUGGUCAACGAGGAGCUCAACAUCCGCGACUCGCUCAAGAUCUUCAAACACUGGACCUCGUGGCUCAUCCUGGCCAUCCAGAUGUGCCUCGGAGUGCCGCUGCAGUCGGUCCAGCUCUUCCUGCCCCAGAUCGUGCAACGCCUUGGCUUCGGGCCGGCCAAGACCAACCUGUACACGGUGGCGCCCAACGUCACGGGUGCCGUCAUGCUCCUGGUGCUCGCCUUCGCGUCCGACUACACCCGGCUGCGGUUCCCAUUUGUUGCCCUCGGCUUUCUCUUCACCUUCAUCGGCAUGGCCGUCUACGCCAGCCUCGACGAUGUCGUCGGCAGCCAGCAGAUGGUGGCAUACUUUGCCUCCUUCAUGAUGACUUGGGGAACCUCGGCGCCGUCGGUGCUGCUCGACGUCCUAUACAACAACAACAUCGCCCACGAGGGUCGCCGUGUCGUCCUUACCAGUGUUGCGGUGCCUGUGGCCAACAUGAUGGGUGUGGUCAGCUCAAACAUCUUCCUGAACAAGGACGCCCCCAAAUACCUGCCUGCUCUGAUCACCACAGCGUGCUUUGGCGGUGUCGGAGGCAUCCUGACCGUCGUACUCGGAUUGUACAUGAUGUGGGACAACAAGAGGAGGGACAAGGCGCAGGGCGUAAAGGUCAGGCCUCAGGAUGUUCCUACUGAGAAGCUGAGGGACGGUCCUGCGUCGCCCGAUUUCAGGUGGUGUUUGUAGUGGCGCUAUCGUCCCUACUGUCCUCUUGUGGUUUUUAUAUAUCCCAUCAGUGUGUGUAACCUGAUAUGUGAACAAUAAUUCUAUCUUUUCAACUCUGCCAUGCAUAUCAAAAGAUAAGCUAUUCACUGGAUUAAGCCACCGGUUCUUACUAUCCAUGCCAGCUUGGAACUCUAUCAAGUUUACCUCAAGCCUCCCGAUAAUACUAUGCUCUGGCCGGUGAGGUAACCUGUCCGACACAGCAUCGUUACGGCGUUGGCCACCUCCUGCGGGGCCCCGAGCCUGCCAACGGGGAUAUUCCUGACGUCUCCGGCGGUGCCCUCCACGGCCCUCGCGUUUGGGAUCAUGCCCGUCUCGC